AUGCCUCGAAAAUCGCAGAGAAUAUCGUCAGGCUCCGCGGCAACCUCAAAACACAAGCGCGCUGCUUCUAGCACCUUGCCGACGGAAGUGGGCUCCAAGAGGACGAAAGCGACUCCCACCAAAAGCCAGUACUUUGCCGCGGGUGGCACUGGCGAUGAAGCAUCCACGGGGAACGAAGAGAGUGGUCUUGAAGAGCCUCUAUCAAGCGAGGACGAGGAUGUGGCCUCUGAAUUUGGUCAGAGCGAUCAGCAGUCCGCCUCCGAAGAUCAAGACGACGAAAACGACUACGACAGCGCCAGUGACGAAGCACCAAAGAAGCGCAGCAAAGGAACGGGCUCCAAGUCGAAAGCAUCUGCAACUGUCACUGGCAAGAAAGGUGGCGAACUAUGGCGGCAAGGAGUCAAGGCUGGUCUUGGACCCGGGACACAGGUCGUUAUUAAGAAACCAAGGGCUCGACCCGCUGGCAAUACACCAUACCAGGACGACGCUAUUCAUCCCAACACCUUUUUGUUCCUCAAGGAUCUCAAGCGCAACAAUGACCGGGAAUGGCUCAAAAUGCACGACCCAGACUUUCGACAAGCAGAAAAAGACUGGUUUAGCUUUGUUGAAAAGCUCACUGAGAAAUUGACCGAAAUCGACGAUUCAGUGCCAGAACUGCCGGUCAAGGAUGUGAUCUUCCGCAUCUACAGGGAUAUCCGAUUCUCCAAAGGCAAGUCUGCUCCGUAUCGUCACAUUUGUUUUGCAGGGAAUUGA